AUGCCUUCCUCGAAUACCGACGACCUGUCGGUCGGGGACGUCUUCGCUCCGCAGGCCGAUAGCGAACAGACCGUCAUUGACAUCCCAGCCAAUCACCGUCGCCCUAAUGCACACAUGGAUACUAUGUCACCCCCAGAGCAGGCAACCAAGGGAUUCAAUGGGUUUGCAAGCAAGACUCUCAACGAGAACAAGCACCGACGGAAGAAGAAGAAGAACCAAUUCGGGCCGGCAUGCGCAACCGUUCGCGGUUUCACCCCUCUGGCAUCCGGCGACGAGGAAUCGGACUUCUCCGCUGCGAGCUCACGUACACCCUCUCGACCUCCCACUGCGCUUGAUGGCGCCAGCCCACAGGUACAGGCGUCCACAGGCCAUGGGGUCAGCGCAUUGAAGCUUCAACUCAACACUCUGAAUCUCUCUGACAACACUGGCAGCGGACUUAUCUCCCAGACCCCCAGUGUUGCCAGUGUUUACUCCGACAGCGACCAGACUGAGAUCUUGACCAGCUAUGAAAUCCCUCUGGAUCAGGAUUUUAUUAGUUCCGACGCAGUGCAACCAGAGACACUGGACGAUCGCAACGCGGACGUCCCUGGCAUGAAUUCAGAGUUGCGCAGUCAACUGUGCCGCAAGAUGACAGCGGAGGACUUCGUGCCUCUCCUCUGUCUGGGCAAGGGCUCAUUCGGAACUGUGUUGCUGGUGCGCCACGUCGUCACGGGCAAGCUCUACGCUCAGAAACAAUUCCGCAAGGCUUCCCUCACUGUCCACAAAAAGUUAGUUGAGCAGACUAAGACAGAGCGCACAAUCCUGGAAAGUGUCAACCGCCACCCCUUUGUCGUCAAGCUAUUCUAUGCCUUCCAAGACCACGAGAAGCUCUACUUGAUCCUGGAGUAUGCGCAAGGCGGCGAACUCUUCCACCACCUAGCCAUGGAACGCAUGUUCGAAGAAGACGCGGCAGCCUUCUACAUGGCAGAGAUGGUACUUGCGCUAGCACACCUACACCAAGACAUCGGCGUUCUCUACCGCGACCUGAAGCCCGAGAACUGCCUCCUAGACGCACAAGGCCACCUCCUCCUAACCGAUUUCGGACUCAGCAAGAUCGCGCUCAGCGACGACGACCGGUGCAACUCCCUCCUCGGCACAAUCGACUACAUGGCGCCGGAAGUGAUCCAAGGCAAGCCAUACGGCAAAGCAUGCGACUGGUGGUCCCUCGGCGCACUGGGCUACGACCUUCUCACCGGCUCACCCCCAUUCCGCGGAAACAACCACGCAAAGCUGCAAGAGAAGAUCGUCAAGCAAAAGCUCAUGCUCCCCUACUUCCUGGGUCCCGACGCAAAGGAUCUCCUCACCCGUCUUCUCCGUAAAGAACCCUCCAAGCGUCUCGGCUACCAUAUGCAGAAGGACCUGCAGACAAUCAAGAAGCAUCGCUUCUUCCGCAAAAUCGACUGGGCUGCCCUUGAGCGCCGUGAACUCGACCCGCCUAUCCAGCCGGUCGUCACGGACCCCGCUCUCGCCGAGAACUUCUCCGUCGAUUUCACCCACCUCGCACUUAGCCCGACGGUCACUGCCGCCGGCUUUGAUGAGUACUAUGGGAAGGGACAGGAUUUCCCGGCUGGCAAGGGCUCGGAUGGCGAAGACGUUGGUGCUGAGAGUAAUCCGUUCGGUGGGUUUAGCUAUGUUGCUUCCAGCAGCUUGCUGGAUCAUGGGUUGGGGGUUAUGACUGCUGGAUAUUGA